GAGCAGGACAGGCUACAUUACAACCCUUAAGUUACCAAAGUGUGAUAGAGACAGAGUUAUACACGGCCGGGUCCACACUGUUCAGUGUAUUCCGAACUCCGGUGAAAGACACUACGAAUACAUAGGCGUCUUUACACGGAUACCGUAUUCGUAUAUCGAAUACAAAAUAUCGCGUGUGGGAGACAGUAUCCUUAGAAACGAAACUGUGUUGUGUAUAACAUUGUGUUUGUAUAAUAUACGGUAUAUUUGUGUAUAAGUGUGGUGUGUGUUGUGUAUUUUUGAUCAAAAGUCUACGCAGGGACGCAAUUGCACUAUGUGUAACGAUGGAUAUCUUCAACAAAUACGCCAAAGAGCAGAUCAAAGUUUAUAACAAGAUGACUUAACUGACAAUAUGAUGAAGAUAACAACCGGAAUAGCGAUACAAUAGGGAAAUGUGUCCGCAAAGGUGAUAUAAGAAGAAAAUGGCCAUCUACAAACUGCCAUUACACAUUUGCAACUCAAUAAAGCAGUAUUACUAUUUAAUAGAUAAACUACUGAAGGUGAGGCAGAAGAGCACAGUGAAACGGAAAUGUAAAUUAGAGUGUCAGGAGAGGAUAACAUUAAUAGUACUCUCAGUGUUGCUGCUAAGUGUUAAUUCAAGUGGUAACAGUUAUAGUGGUGGUAGGAAUUCUAUGCUAAGGACCAGAAUUAUAGGAACUAGAUACGGUAAAUUACAAGGUGUCAUACUUCCUAUGGAUCAACAUAAGUAUUUAAAACCAGUAGAGGCUUAUUUAGGAGUACCAUACGCAACACCACCUACGGGAUCAAAUAGGUUUGCCCCAACUCGGGCUCCAGCACCUUGGGACGACGUGAAAACGGUAGACCAAAUGGGUCCAGUGUGCCCACAAAGAUUACCAGACAUCUCCAACGAGACAACAGUUUUAGAGAGGAUGCCGAAGGGAAGGCUGGAAUAUCUCAGACGAUUAUUGCCAAGGCUAAAAAACCAGAGUGAAGACUGUCUGUACAUGAAUAUUUACACGCCGGUUCAAGUUGGGCCGACACUACUAGCAAAGUAUCCAGUGGUGGUUUUCAUCCACGGAGAGUCAUUCGAGUGGAACUCCGGGAAUGUGUAUGACGGCGCUGUUCUAGCGAGCUAUGCGGGCCUUGUGGUCAUCACUAUCAACUACCGGCUUGGAAUAUUGGGGUUCCUAAAUGCAAAUCCGAUACCGCAUCUGAAGGCACGAGUGGCGAACUACGGUUUAAUGGACCAAAUUGCGGCCUUGCACUGGGUCCAGCAGAAUAUAGCUCUAUUCGGAGGUGACCCAGGCAACGUCACUAUGCUAGGUCAUGGAUCAGGCGCUGCAUGUAUUAACUUCCUUAUGAUCUCACCUACUGUUGUGACUGGUCUUUUCCAUCGAGCAAUCCUUCUAUCAGGCUCAGCGCUUAGUUCAUGGGCACUCGUAGAAGAUCCCGUCAGCUUUUCCGUCCAACUCGCAAAACAGUCAAACUGUACGCUCCCCGAAGACAUCGUCAAAGACCAUGAACUAAUAGUGGACUGCCUUAGAGAAGUACCCCUUCAAGAACUGAUGUCCGCGGAAAUUAGCACGCCGAGCUACCUCACAGCAUUCGGACCAUCUGUCGAUGGUGUUGUAGUGAAGACUGAUUAUGCGAAGGAGCUACUCACAUUCUUUAUACCGAACGACCUCCAAGGAUUCACCAGCGUAUCCGGUGUCAACAACAUCAAGGCGGACAAAAGGAGCGGAGAUAGAAUUUUCGGGAUAAGAGGCGGACAGAAUAAAUAUGAUCUGCUAUUCGGGGUGGUAACGAGCGAAGCUCUCUGGAAAUUUUCGGCUCAGGAUAUACAAAACGGUUUCGAGGGCGAAAGGCGGGACAGAAUAAUAAGGACUUACGUUAGGAACGCCUACACAUAUCAUUUGAGCGAAAUAUUUUUUACCAUAGUCAACGAAUAUACUGACUGGGAGAGGACUGUGCAGCAUCCAAUCAAUACCAGAGACGCGGCAGUGUUAGCACUGUCGGAUGCCCAGUACGUCGCGCCGCUGGUCCAGACAGGCGAUUUCCUCAGCGUCAGCAAGAGCGCUAUUGGAUCCGGACCGAAUACAUUCUUCUACGUGUUCGAUUACCAGACUAAAGAUGGAGAUUAUCCUCAGCGUAUGGGUUCGGUACACGGGGAGGAGUUGCCGUAUUUAUUCGGCGCACCGCUCGUCGAGGGGCUUGGCCACUUCCCCAAAAACUACUCCAAGUCUGAAGUGGCCUUAUCAGAAGCGUUCAUCCUGUAUAUAGCCAAUUUUGUAAGAACUGGAAAUCCAAACGAGGCACAAAGACAAGAAGCUGUCCUUCCAAUUUCAAGAGAGCGAAACAAAUUCAAGAGCAUAUUUUGGGACGAGUACGAUACUCUUCAUCAAAAGUACUUAGAAAUUGGGAUGAAGCCUCGCAUGAAAAAUCAUUACAGAGCCCACCAACUGUCCGUUUGGUUGCGGCUAAUCCCGGAAAUCCAUCGCGCCGGGAUGAAGGACGUUGUCGCGAAACACAACCUAUUCCGAAACCACAAUGACCCGGAACUGUACGACGGCUUAGUGCGACCCGAUCCCCUCACCCGAGCGAACUACUACGACCCGACGCUUGAACUCUACCGGCGACCCUACAACGUCAGUCUCGACAUACCUACAACUACGAUAGAGACUUAUGUAACCACUUGCAUCACUGUCAUGUCGCCUCGACCGGACUCACUUGUCACUCAAAGUCAGACCAACAACUCACACCCUCAAGACGUCUCCAAUUUAGAGGUCGCUGGCUACACAGCCUAUUCCACGGCCCUCAGCGUCACUAUAGCUAUAGGCUGCUCAUUAUUAAUCUUGAACGUCCUUAUCUUCGCCGGAGUUUAUUACCAACGAGAUAAAACGAGAUUGCAAGUGAAAGCGUUACAGCAACAAAAGAGGAAUCACAACUCUACUUUUGACAGCGUCUCGUCGAAACAUCCGCAUUAUUUCGUCGGACAUUCUCAGAGCUCCAGCACGAUCGUCGACAUAGAUCAUCAGGACAAGAACGCAAUUAUCGCUAUGACGAAUCGUGUUCCGCACUUCACGAAUGCGAAUUGCCCGAAUGUCUGUCAUACUGGAAUUCAAAUGUCUAGUUUGACGCAGAAGUCCAGUCCGACUAGUAGAGGUCAAUGCACAACGUUGCCGAGGAAAGUUGGAUUCAGUUAUCAGACUCAGAUUUGUAACGCAUCCAAUUGUAUGACGCUGCCAAAGAAUGCGACUUUCAUGAGCGGGGCAAACUUACCUGAUGUACAAGCUCAAACGGGGCAAUUGCAAACACCAGGGAAUGGAUCAGUGCCAUCUUCAUCCCCACCUUCACAACACUUCUCGCAGAAGUCCAGGGUUCCUCAAGCAGCCAUGUCCGAAAUGAAUGUAUGAGAAAUGGAAGAUAUUUACAAUUAUGUCUAAAGUGAAAGUGAAUAUGUGACAUGGACACCGAAUAUUGCUCGCACUAAACAACGCAUAGUUGUAAAUAUCGUGUAGAAAAAACCGUGUAAAUAAACUGUAAGUUUGGAAAAUUAACAGGUACAUUUUAAGAGAGGUUCGUUCGUAGUGCGCUCCGAACAAACGUAAUUUGGCUCUUAUUUGUAUACUUACCAAUCAAACUCAAUGAAAUUUGUGAAUAUACGUUCUAGUAACUAGUACUUGUUUCUGUGUUUUUCCAGAUUCCCGCUAAAAAUUUUUUUAAACUUACUGUUUUAAAAUAACUUUAAAAUGAAAAUGUAUGAAAAAAAACUUUAUUUUUCUCUUUACAUUGCCCUAAAAUUAAAGAACCGUAACAACUGCUUUAGUUAGAAACUUUGUUACAGUUAUUAACGUCCACCGUCAGAUUGAGAAAUUAGUAAA